CCUUGAUCGUUUCGGGAUACCUUUGUCAAACCAUGAUGGCGGCCACCACGUGAAGCGUGGAACAUCCAUAACAAACCUAUUUUUUUUCGCUGCUUUGGUGUACUUUUUGGUAAUGGAAAAUGAAGAUAAGAUCCCCGUUGCACCAGACGAGGGAAGUUCAGGAGAAUCAGGCAAGACUAGGAUUCGCGAAGGAAAAGCGGAGAUAAUUUUUCCGGCAGAAAAAGCUGUGUUUUACAACCCUGUUCAGGAAUUCAACAGAGACAUUAGUAGCGCGGUGAUACGUUUAGUGUGCGAGGAUAUUGAUAAGUGGACCAAGAGGCGAAACGACGAGAAGGGAGAUGCCGAUAAGUUGACACGAGCAGAGAAAAGAGCGAAAGAUAACCUUGCACAGGUCACUAUCCUUGAGGGUCUGGCUGCAUCAGGGUUACGAUCUGUGCGAUAUGCACUUGAGGUUCCAGGGAUUCACCAUGUCAUAGCAAAUGAUAUCAGUGCUGAUGCGUUCAGCCUUAUUGAGAACAAUGUUAAACACAACAAAGUGGAUCAUAUUGUCAGUGCUAGCAAGAAUGAUGCAUCUUUAUUGAUGUACCAACAUAGAUACCCUGCCAGCAGACGCUUCACGUUUAUUGAUCUAGACCCCUAUGGCACUGCUGCCCCAUUUCUGGAUGGUGCCGUGCAAGCUGUCGCCGAUGGAGGAGUCUUGUUGGUCACAUGCACAGACAUGGGUGUUCUUUGUGGUAAUCAUAACGAUGCAUGCUAUGGGAAAUAUGGUGGCAUGUCUCUAAAGGCCAAGUUCUGCCAUGAAAUGGCCCUGCGCCUGCUCCUCUCGUCCAUCGAGUCUCAUGCCAACCGAUACAAGAGGUACAUCCUGCCUCUGCUAAGCAUGAGUGUUGACUUCUACAUCCGCGUGUUUGUUCAAGUUUUCACCAGUGCGUCAGAGGUCAAGCGCACCGCCUCUAAGCAGUCCCUUGUUUACCAUUGUACAGGCUGUGGUAGCUUUCAUUUUCAACAAGUCGGCCGACGUAUUGAGGAGGGUGUUAGCAAGAAAUACCCACCUGCCCUUGGGCCCCCUGUGGAUAGGUCAUGUGACCAAUGUGGGGGAAAAUUCCACCUUGGUGGUCCGAUAUGGACAGAGCCCAUGCAUGACACAGACUUUGUCACCAGCCUAGCGGCAUUGGUAAAACAGAAUACUGACCUUUACAAGACAUCAGACAGGAUAAUUGGAUUACUGAGUAUGGUUGCCGAAGAGCUUCCAACUGUACCACUGUUCCACACCAUAGACCACUUGUCAAAUGUGAUCCACUGUUCAUCACCCUCCAUCGUGCAAUUCAGAUCAGCUCUUCUUCGUCUUGGUUACAAGGUUUCGGGUUCACAUGUAUGCCCAACUGCUGUGAAAACAGAUGCUCCAAACAAUGUGUUAUGGGAUGUGAUGAGAUGUUGGGAGAAGAUAAACCCUGUUAAGAAGAGGCCAGAAGGUAGCCCAGCUUCAGCCAUCCUUAGCAAGGAUCCUCAGAUCCAGGCUUCUUUUGAGAUGUACCCUGGAGCAAACCCUCCUUCCAGACAGCAGAAACUCCUGAGAUUCCAGGAAAAUCCAGAAGCCAACUGGGGUCCAAAGGCCAGAGCCAAGAGAAAAGCAGACGCUGACGAAACAAUGACAGAAAAAAGAAGAAGGCUGCAGGGAAAGAGGGCUAGCACAGUUGAUCACAAACAGUUUCCCUGUAAAAGGUUUAAGGCAGGAAUAUGUAAGUACGACAAAGAUGAAUGCAAAUAUUCACAUGAUGUUGAGCUCUGCUCACCACGGAAAAGGAAAGUUAUUCAGGCAGGCACUAAAAAGGAAGAGGAAGAUAGUGCAAAGAAAGAUAAGUCUGCUAAUCCGGCUGAAAUAGAGAAGCAAAGACGAAACUCGCUCUUGGAAGCAGAACACUCCCUGCUUUUUUGAGGACAAUAUUGUUGUAUUUAUUAUCAUAACUAGAAUGUCUCCCAUUAGCAAAUGGUUAUAUAUUUAGAGAUUAAUGAUAUCUCAGGAGGUACGAUGUUCUGGCGUGUACCUACAAGGGGGGUGUAGGGUUCGGAAGGGUGCAUGCCACAAAGAAGUUGAAGGAUCAUCAAAUACUAUAUUUAAUGAUAACUGUAACUGCCCCCCCCCCCCCCCCUCCGCAGCAUUUUUUCUUGUUUGUUGUAAAUUUAUAAAGUACUUUUGUCAAAAAGAAUUUUCUUUUCCGAUUAAUUUGAGUGCAUCAGUGCACUUUUUUUUAAACAAACAUUUGAGAACGGGCACAUAGUAGGGUAAAGAGGGUAAAUGUUUUUUGUGUGUUACUGACUGACUGACUGGCAUACUUCAAAAUGAUUAUGUCAAUUACCUGAAUUAUCUAGUAUCAGUGGUUCAAUUAAAAACCAACUCUCAGGGGAAUAAACACCAAAGUCCUUUUUAAAAUGGAGUGGGUAAUUUAUUACACAAAACAACUUUUAGUAUUGUAAAUAAUACAUUUUAUUACCAUUAUUGUGGUAGUACAGUGUACAUGUAAUAUUCACAAAUAACUUUUCCCUUGAUAAAUAAUAGUAUAACAUAUACGAAAUUCUAGAUCAUUAUGGUAAAAAAUCAUACAUAAUAUAUAACCUUUAGUUUUUUGACAAUAUCUCAUUUGACAAAUUCAGUUAUUGUAAUGGGUACAUUCCAUAAUAGCAGAAGAAUUAAGCCCCUCCAGAGGUCCCUUAGCCAACAGCAUGAUCAAUUAGUCAUUUGCUGGGAUUUCACCAGCUGCAGAGUGAAACAGGUAUACAGCAUGGCUUUGUAAACAAAAACCACACUCUGUAUCUUCUAAUAAGUACUGCUUAUGUAAUAAAAUGCUGAUAUUACUUCUAGUUAACCUUUGAAAAUCAGAAUUUUUUAUGACUAAAUGAUUCAUUUGCUAUUGUUUUACAGCAUGUUCAUAUUUAUUUAUUUUUAACACGUUGAUUGAAUCUACUUAGUAGGCUAGUCAUUUACAUACAAUUAUACUGCUUUUUAGCUACUUUCUUUUUUUUGUUUUGUUUUAACUACUGGUUUGUAUAAUUUAGAAAUAGGUAUUUUCACCCUGGUAAAAUUAGAAUAGUAAAAGUAAGUAAAAGUCUGUGUGUUAUAAGACCACACAAGUACUAUGAACAAAUUGACUGUAUAAAGAGAGUUACACAAGCAAAAAAUAAUGCUAUUCAGAUGUCAAAAAUAAACCUUCACAACCUUGCUAGAA